CCUAGACAGGGGGAGGGUGCAGAGGUAGCAGGAAAGCUUUGAGCUUAUGUGAAGAUUAUCUCCAUGGUGGGGCUGGGUGACAAUCCAAUCCAGUGGCAUUCUUUCUAUCUUAAGUCCUGAACAACCUAUGUGCCAGUUAAGGGAAGAGGUGUUGAUGGCUCACAGGGUAAUGCUGCUUCUACCAAACGUGACAACUUGAAUCUGAUUCCCAGGAACCAUAGAAUGAAGGGAAAAACACUCCCACACACAAAUCAGUACAUCUAAAGGGAGAAGGGUGAGGAUUCCACCUAACCUAUAAUACAUUAAUCCUUCAAAAUCACUUAGAGAACAUUAGCCACAAAACACUCUGCCCAGACUUGAGCCCUUUUGCUGAAGUCAGGCUUCCAGCCAAGCGAACUGAAAACUCUGGAGCCCUCUGGUGGUCACACUGGGUCUUCAAGUGCCAGGGUAAAUGGCUGCCCCGCCCCUUAGCGGCAGGAGCCAAUGGGAGCUUGGGUCCCCACCCCUGGGCAGUCAUUUCCUAGAGAGUACUUAGGAUCCAGUCAGAAAGGCGCUUGGAGAAGCUAGCGAGCUUGAAAAGAAGUGCUGGGGCCCCACCUCACACCCCAGACCAGAAGAGCAGGAGGUGGCGGCCGGGCGGGUGGAGCCGGCGUUGUGCCUCUCAAGCCACGGGCCACAGGGACCCACAACCGGCUGUGGAGAAGUGGGUGAGUCCUGGAGCUGUGGACAGCACUGAGCCCCUCUCUUCCCUGGCGGCCACUGCCAUGGCCUGGCUGGUGGUGCCAAGCAUACUGCUGUGCCUGUUGUGUGCUGGAUUCGGCACCUCAGAUUUGGAGGCCCUUCUGCCCCCUGCUCCCCACAACUGCCCCAAUAGCUGCAUCUGUGCUGCUGAUGUGUUAAAUUGCGCGGGCCAUGGGUUACAGGACGUGCCGGUAGCGUUACCUGCCACCGCUGCAGAACUCGAUCUGAGUCACAAUGCACUCGAACGCCUGCACCCUGGCUGGUUAGCACCCCUCUCCCGCUUGCGUGCCCUGCACCUAGGCUACAAUAAAUUGGAUGUGCUGGGCCGUGGUGUCUUCACCAAUGCCAGUGGCCUGAGGACACUUGAUUUAUCAUCUAAUAUGUUGAGGAUACUCCACACCCAUGACCUGGAUGGACUGGGGAGGCUGGAGAAAUUGUUGCUGUUCAAUAACAAACUGGUGCACUUGGACCCGGAUGCCUUCAAGGGCCUGAGUAUGCUCAGACAGCUCUAUCUCAGCUGCAAUGAACUCGCCUCUUUUUCUUUCAAUGACCUGCACGGUCUGGGGACAACGCACCUGCGCACUCUAGACCUAUCCUCCAACUGGCUGGGUCACAUCUCCAUCUCUGGGCUGGCUGCACUGCCAGCUUUCCUCAAGAAUGGGCUCUACUUGCACAACAACCCACUGCCCUGUGACUGUCGCCUCUACCACCUGCUCCAGCGCUGGCACCAGCGGGGCCUGGGUGCCCUGCGUGAUUUCGCACGUGAGUACACAUGCUUGGCCUUUAAGGUCUCAGAGUCCCGAGUGCGCUUCUUUGAGCACAGCCGGGUGUUUGAGAACUGCUCAGCUGCUGCAGCUCUAGGCUUAGAGCUGCCUGAAGAGCAGCUGCACACACAGGUGGGGCAGUCCUUGAGGCUCUACUGCAACAGCAGCAUGCCCGCUGCACGAGUGGCCUGGGUCUCACCGAAAAACGAGCUGCUUGUCGCACCAGGAUCUCAGGACGGCAGCAUUGCUGUGCUGGCUGAUGGCAGCUUAGUGAUACGCAGGGUGCGAGAGCAACAUGCAGGCAUCUUUGUGUGCCUGGCAACCGGGCCCCACCUGCACCACAACCAGACUCUUGAGUUCAAUGUGAGUGUGCACAAACCUCGCCCCGAGCCGGAGGCUUUCAACACAGGCUUCACCACACUGCUGGGCUGCAUCGUGGGCCUGGUGCUCGUGCUGCUCUACUUGUUUGCCCCACCCUGCCGCGGCUGCUGUCGCUGCUGCCGGCGGGCCUGCCGUAGCUGCUGCUGGCCCCGAGCCCCCAGUCCACUCCAGGAGCUGAGUGCACAGUCCUCAGUGCUCAGCUCUACACCACCAGACGCACCGAGCCGCAAGGCCAGUGUCCACAAGCAUGUGGUCUUCCUGGAGCCGGGCAAGAAAGGUCUCAAUGGCCGUGUGCAGCUAGCAGUAGCUGAAGACUUCGAUCUGAGCAACCCCAUGGAGUUGCAGCUCAAGGUUAGCUCUGAGUCAGCCAGUUCCACAGGCUCAGAGGGUCUCAUGAUGACCUAGACUGCCUGGGUGUCCCCACGCAGGCCAUAGACCUGCUGCUGCUUGCCUGGUUCGCUGACAAAGCCAUCUAGAGAACUGACAUUUGCUGGUGGGAUGCACGGUACCUACUCCUGCAACUGCAUGCGGGCCUUGACCUGUAUUGCAAUCGUUCUACUCACUGGUAAAAGCCUUGACCUGUACUGCAAUAGUUCUACUCACUGGUAAAAGCCUUGACCUGGGGCUGGAGAGAUGACUCAGAGGUUAAGAGCACUGACUGCUCUUCCAGAGGUCAUGAGUUCAAUUCCCAGCAACCACAUGGUGGCUCACAACCAUCUGUAAUGAGAUCUGGUGCCCUCUUCUGGUGUGU